UGAACCUACAGACCCGUUUCAACACUUUCCAAAGCAGACAACCCUCGGGACGGACUGCAGGGCGCAUUUACACGGGCUGUUGGAUACCUACUUCCUUUUGAACGCUCGUUAUUUUACUAAGAGUGGAGAAACAGCGACGUUAUUCAUCAUGGGAGCGACACCAUCCGUGCAGCGGGACGCGAAGAGCCCUGAAGAUGCGCCAGAGGACAUCGGCGCGGAGCUCAGCGACACUCAGGAUGGAGAAAACGUAGACGGCAAGCCUCUUCAGAAGAAUGGACAGAUCUCCAUUUCCAGUCUUAAUGGGAAGACAGAUGACCAGACAGAGUAUAAUGGCCAUGCUGAGGAGAACCCACCGGCUGAGGUUGGCCAGACGGACACCAUCAGCCAAAAAGAAGACAGCCCUGAAACAAUUGAGGUGCAUCAGGAAGAGGCUGCCCCUCAGGUUAAUGGAGAGAAAGAAGACGAUUCUGCAAAUGCAGAUGAAAUUACAACAAUUACCACAGAAGAGAAGGCAGUAGAGGAAAAACAAGAGGAGGCCAAUGAGGUGGGUUUCAAGAAGAUCUUCCGUUUUGUUGGAUUCAAGUUCACACUGAAGAAAGACAAGAAUGAGAAGACUGAGCCUGUGCAACUGCUGACAGUGAAGGAAGCAGAGGUUGGUGAAGAUGCAACUUCUGAGGAAAAGAGAGAGGAACCUGCAACAGAGGAAGACAAACCUGUUGAAGACAAAUCACCAGAAACUGCAGAAAAAGAGCAAGAGCAAGAGACCACGACUGAAGAAGUGACUGAUAAGGCAGAAGAACCAACAGACCAAACUGUAGCUGAAGCUCCAUCAGAGACUGAAAAGGCCAGCGAGGAGGUGACUGAAAAAUCUGCUGAAGAAGUGGGGACAAUAUCAGAGAAAGAACCAGAGCAAGAAGUGCCAACUGAGUCGCCCACAAGUCCACCCUCUCAAGAGACACAGAGUCCCUUUAAGAGAUUUUUCACUCAGGGAAUCUUUUCUAACCUGCGGAAGAAGGCAAGCUUCAAAAAGCCCAAAGAUGAGGAGCAAGUCAAGGAAAAGUCUGCAGAGGAGGACAUUAAGGAAACUGAGGAGACAGCAGAGGGUGUUACUGAGGUUACAGAGGAAGCUAAGGAGGAUGCAGAGGAAGCUAAAGUGGAUGCAGAGAAAGAACCAGCUGAGGGUGAGCAGGUAGAGAAACUUUCUGAAAAGGUUGAAACUAAAGCUGAAACUGAAACAACAACUGAAACAACACCCACUGAGACAGAAGAGCCACAAGAUGUUAAAGUAGAAGCUGAGGCUACAAGUGAAGCUGAAAUUCUGACUCAGACUGAGACUGCUGAAGCUCCAGCUGCUGAAACUGCUGUUGAAGCUCAAACCACCGAUGAUUCUAAACCAACAAGUGACAAGCCAGAUGUUUCAGAAGCGGUGACAACUGAAGCUGAAAUCCUGUCAUCUCAGGAGAAAUCCAAGGCUCAGGGAAGCCCACUUAAGAAGCUGUUUACAGGAGCAGGGCUUAAAAAGCUGUCAUCCAAAAAGCAGAAGAGUAAGAAAGAAGUAGAAUCAAAGCAAACAGAACCAAGUGAACAAGUUGCUGAAAACAUCCAGUCAUCCACCGAGUCAGCUGAGCCCCAGAAACCUGACAGCGGAGCAUCUUCUCCUGAAGAAUCUGGUGAGCAUCUUGUAGGGGAGGUUGUUCAAGCUGAGGUGGCUCAGGCUGAGGUGGCCCAAGCUGUGGAGACUGAUGGUGAACCAGCCACUUCUGACAGUGAGAAGAAGAAAGAUGGAAUUUUACCUUGGUCCUCUUUCAAAAAACUAGUCACUCCAAAAAAACGUGUCAAAAGGUCCUCUGAGAGCGAGGAUGAAGCUCCUGGAGACAAACCCAAAUCUUCUACCCUAUCUUCAACUGAGAGUGCUGUCUUUGAUGAGAAGACGGAUGAGCCUAAACCUUCUGAAGAGGUACCAUCUGAGUCUAAAGAAGAGUCUGAGGCAGAAUCAAAGGCUGAGCCAAAAGCUGAGAAGCCUGAACCGGUUGCAGAGGAACCAAAACGAAAAAUGGAUACAUCUGUGUCCUGGGAAGCCCUUAUUUGUGUGGGGUCAUCUAAAAAGAGGGCCAGAAAGACUUCUGAUUCUGAUGAUGAAGAACCUAAGAUUGAGGAAGAAGUGCAGCAGGCAGGAGAAGAGCAGGCAAAGACCACAGAGUCCCCUCUUGUAAGCUCUGGUGAAGCUGACCAUGAGAAUUUGGCUUCUUCACCUGAACCAGAGGAAGAACUUGUGUCUACCUGGGAAUCUUUCAAGAGACUGGUAACCCACAGAAAGAAACCUAAAGCAGAAGACAAGUCUGAUGAAGCCUCAGGCCCAGAGCACACAACCUCUGACAGUGAAGUCCCCAAAGAAGAAUCUUCUUUCUCUUUGAGGAAACUAAUUCCACGCAGAAAGAAGAAGUCUGAUGGUAAACAAGAGCAGGUCUCUUCUGACAUUGGCUCUGCAGAGGAUGAUUCUGACACUCCAGCGGUGGUGCCUCUUUCAGAAUAUGACAGUGAACCAGCUGCAGAAGUUGCAGUCAAGGCGGAGGAAGUGAAGCAAGAAUCUGCACCAGUCACUCAGGCAAAAGCCUCAGCUGAGGAUAGAUCGCCAUCUUGGAUCUCAACCACUGUGGAAAAUGUUGAGGAUGAGACAGAGGGAAAGCAAUUAAGUGACAUACCCGAAGAAGGAGACACAGCUGCCACACCCAAAUCGACUGAUAACACUAUUGCAGAGGACAUUGUUGAGCUUACAUCAGAAGCAGUUACAGCCCUUGAACAAGUAGAGGAAACUGAAAUGGUUUCUGCUGUUUCACGUGUUACAGCAUCACCAGUUACAUCAGGCGAGACAACUCCUGUCCCAGGUGAUGGUGUAGAGAAGAAGACAGAUGUAGUACUACAAGAAGCUGUGGAAACUGUCAGUGUUACCACAAGUGCCAUGGCUGUCACCAUGACUAAAGAGCAGGAAGAAGUAGUUACAGUCACUACUGAUGCUCUUUUGGUCGAGUCAGUUAUGAAGGAAGAGAAAACAGUCUUGGUAGCACAUGAGAAAACAGAUGCAACUACUGUUUGCACUGGCCUUGACACUGAUGAAAUAAAGGUGAUGGAAGAAGAAAUUCUCACUCAGAAGCCUUCGGUAGAGUCGGUAACAGUUGUUAGCCAGGUGCUUGUCACAGAGUUGGCUGUUGAAGACAAAACACAGGAGCCUGAAAAGGCCAUUGUGACUGAGGUUGAGGUUCAUGAGGCUCAGAUGAGUGGAGAUAAGACAGAGCCCGAAAAAGCCAGUGUGACUGAAGUUGAGGUUCAUGAGGCUCAGAUGAGUGGAGAUCAGACAGAGCUCAAAGAAAAUGCGGUUGAGGAGAAAGCACAUUAUGAGGAGAUAAAGGAGACACCUAAAGCUGAGACUGUGACUGAUCUCCAAGAAGUAGCAGCAGUCAAAGUGGCACUCAUCAAUGCUGUACAGCAGGAACCAGAGAUUCUUGAAGAGCCGGUGGUAGCAGAAAAAUCCCCUCAAGUUGAGGCUGCAGGUCCUGCUGAACCAACUGUUGAAGAGUCCAUCUGUACCCAAACUGUAGAAGUCACCGAAGUUGCUGUUGCUGAAGGUGAGAAAGUGCAAGAACUAGAGGAUGUUAAAGAAGCUAAAGCCGCAGUUGAGGUAGCGUCUGUGGAGGGAGUUGCCAUGGCUGUAACAGAGGAGGUCAUGGCAGCCUUUCCAGAGGUGCCCGCUUCUCAAACUGCUGGGUCUACAGAAGAUACCGUUCCUGUUAUAGCCACCCCUGAAGAAUUUGCAGUCAUCAAAGAGACUGUUUGUGUUGUAAGCUCAACAACUGAGAUGACAGAAUCCCAUUCAGUAGACCUAGCUCAUGAAAUUGUUAUGGAAAAGGUUCCUCUUGUUCCCACAAGUGACCACAAAAUCCAGAUUGUAGUGAAUGAUGCUGAGGUUGUCUCUGCUCAAGUUGUUGAGGAAAAGUUAGAAGUAAUCUCAACAAAAGUUAGUGUUGUGGUUGAGGAAGUUAUUGAGAAUGUGACAGAAGAAACUGAAGUGAUCCAAACAACCCAAGUGACAGAAGCAGAAAUCAUCGAGAAACAAAGCAGUGUUAUUGUGCAAGAGGUCAUUCAAAAUGUUGUAGAGAACCUUGCUGAGGCACAUGCAGAACAAAAAGUGUCUGAGAAGACUACUGAGGAGGUAGAAAGCUGUACCACAGCAGAGGAUGUCAAAUUUGAAGUGGCCCCAGCAGUUUUGGGAAUGAUUGAGGAAAAACUUUCAACAGAAGUCGUUUCAGAGGAAAAAGCUCCACUAGAAACAAGCCCAGAGGAGCCAAAACCAUCUGAUGAUAUCUGCAAAGAUGAUGAUGAACAAACUUGCAUUGUCACUGAGAAACCAAUGAAAACAGUCAGCGACGCUAUCCUGAUUACAGAAACGGUCCAGGUUUCCAUCACAGAUGAUAUCCAACCUCAAAAUGAAGAGGUUGCCACAGUCUCUGUGGAAGAUGUGCAUCAAGAAACAGAGGUAACAAAAAGUGAAGUUGAACUUAAGCAGGCAGAAGAGAAAACUUUGAGUGGGACCACAGAAAGUGAAGAAGGAAAAAGUGAAGUUGAGUCACAUAUCAAGGAAGUGCCAACAGAAGUCCAGCCAGAGACACAAGCUUCAGAGGUUUCAGAAGCCAUACCAGAAGAAAAUAUGACAGAAACAUCUGUUACAAGUGCAAGUCAAGACCAGAUUGUGGCUGAGCAGUGUCAAAUGGCACAGGAGGUACAGAUUGAAACUGCACAGGAAUUUAACGUUGGUGUCAUAAAUGUCAUAAAUGCAGAUGAUGUACCUGUUCAAGACACUGAGACAAACAUGAAAGAAGAAAGUUCAGAUGGUCAGGAAUCAGAAGACAAGCGUCAAAAAGACUUGGAAGAACCUCAAACGGACGUUUCAACACAGGACACGACGAACCAGGGAGAGUCCACAGAUCCAGAUUGUCAAAAGACAGAUGCUAAAAAUGUACCUGCCAAACUGGAGACUGCUACUGAGAAGACAGCAAAUGCCAAUGCAGUGGAGGAGGUCGUGAAUGAGAUCGAGCCUGUCUCCACAGAGGUUGUCACAGUGUCAUGAGCAGUCUGCAUGUAAAAAGCAGUCAGAUGACUGGGGCACAGAGCUUUCCAGAAAGCAGGAAGUGAGUGGCAGCCAUGGAGGACACUAAGAGACAGUGCAUAAGACUCAAGGCCAAUCUCCCUUCUCUCUCUCUCCUUUAAUCCAUCCAUUCAUCCCUCUUUUCCUUUUCCAAAUUCCUCAUAACUCAGCUGCCAUAUCAUGAGGUCUCCGGCCUCACUGGACUCACUGAGGGAUGUCCCUUACUCCCACUUUCCUGUAUUUUGCCAAAUUGCAUCAGAUGCAUUAUUUUAGUUCCCACCUGUAACUUUUGUGAUGAACAUUUUUUUUAAAUUAGUUGUCAGCUGUCAAAAUGGAGAGUUUAUGUAUGAGUGGUUCUUGUAUGAGUGUGUGUCUGUGGUGUUGAAGUAGGAGGGUUGUUAUUUUUUGUAUAUUGUAUUUAUAUCUAAAAUAUUCUCUCAACCCUCUCAAACAUGUUCUAACCUUCUAAACUCGUUGAAAUCAUGGUCAUGCUGGUGUAAAACUACAAAAUAUUACAAAAAGUAAUUUUAACAAACAUGGUACAAAUACACCCUCUACAGCUAAAGCAACUGAAAAAGCGCAUAUGUAUGCUGUGGCUGUAAUGUGAAAAUGAGGUAAAAUGAACUCUGAUACACAAUAUCCAGCCAUUAUCAUCUCCGUUCUCACUGUAGAUAUACCACUUCUUCGUCCCUUACUGUGAAAUGUUGUCUUUUUAUUAUGUAUAUUUAUCAUGUACAAUCACAAUGAAUGAUUUCACCAUUAACGUGUGACAUUUGAGAUUCUGACGUUCAAUUUGAGUUGCUUUUAGUGGUACCCUGUGAAAAUAGACGAACACGAUGAUAAACGCCUGCAUGAGUAGGGAGCAUUUAGAAAAGGAUGCUAUUGUCUUCAAUGUGCACUUCACUGUUUCAUGGCCUUAGCGAACGCAUGUUUCAACACCAAAAAUGCACCUGAGGUUAAAAGAAAAUUGUGAGAUAAUUGUGCAAGGAGAAUUGUAUUAACACCAUGUAUUGGAAAACUGUCCAACACAGGUUACACGUGGUUUUGAUUCACAGAUAUGUGGGUAUUCAGUAAUAUAGUGUAGAAUAUUUUUCGCAUUCCUAAUCUCUGUAUCAAGGACUGUUAUUUCUUUGAAAGAUGUAGUAGAUGCCUUAUUGUCAGUCUCUUUGAAAUGAGUAUAUUAUAGCCAUACAUGCAGACAGAAAUGGCAAGGAAAGCAUUUCAGUUGUGCAUUUGGAUGAUGAUGGUGGCAAACUGUAAUUUGAUCUUUAAUAAAGAGGGUUUUUUAAAAUGAAAAUGCAUAUGCCAAAAUUCAAAGUGUUCAAAUGUAUGCUGGUCAACGUUUAGAAAAGUCUGCAAAUGACGGAGAUUGCACAUGGGUGCGUUGUUAUGUUGAAUAGAAAAACAGCUUUGCUACUACUGUCACGCUUUGAAUGAACAGCCCACUCACAUUCUUUUCUUAGCUUUUUAUAAUACAGUCUACUGUGAAGCUCUUUAACAUUUGUACAAAUUGUAUACCUACGUACCUUAAGUCAUAUUGUAAUAUUAACAAAUAACCAAUGAAAGCAUUAAGGAAUGUUAUAUACCAGUAGCAUGAGCCUCACCUCUUUUUGUAUUCUUCAAGCUGUUAAUAGUAUGGAUACAAAAUCAUGUCUAUAUUUCAUUCAAAUAAAGCUAGUGUAAAUCAA